UUGGUUUCUGAGCAGUUUGAAAGAGCGGACGAAGCGAGAGAGAGCAGCUAAAUUUUCGCACACUAGAAAAGUGCAAUUUACAAUAUCACUGCGGCCAAAAAUACAAGUGCAAGUGCAACGGUAAACAUCACGAUCGGUGCAUUAACAACCGCGUCGCGAAAAAGGAGCGCAAAACGAACGGAACCAAUAAGAAAAGGCAGCGCAAAAGAGAGCCUCCUGCACACACACAUUGAGCUGAAACAGAGGCACACUCACACGCACAUACUUUUGAGCGGUGUGUAUACGACUGGAAAACUAGGCGGUGUUGAAACCGUAAAACUGUACAUAAGCAAAUAAGAUAAAAAGAAAAGAAGUCCAGGAAAAUUGGAAAAGAAAAACCCAUAAACCGCACAGAGCCCCCGUGUAAAUCCAAAUCCCAAUUCGAAACCAAAUCAGAAUCCAAACCCAAACACAAUGGGCUGCACAACAUCCGCCGAAGAACGCGCCGCCAUACAGCGAUCCAAACAGAUUGAGAAGAAUCUGAAGGAGGACGGCAUCCAGGCGGCCAAGGACAUCAAGCUCCUGCUGCUAGGUGCCGGUGAAUCGGGCAAGAGCACAAUAGUCAAACAGAUGAAAAUCAUUCACGAGAGCGGCUUCACUGCGGAGGACUUUAAACAAUAUCGACCGGUUGUCUACAGCAACACAAUACAAUCAUUAGUUGCAAUAUUGCGCGCGAUGCCAAACCUAAGUAUUCAGUACAGCAAUAACGAGCGGGAGAGCGAUGCCAAGAUGGUGUUCGACGUGUGCCAGCGGAUGCACGACACCGAACCCUUCUCGGAGGAGCUGCUGGCCGCCAUGAAACGCCUCUGGCAGGAUGCCGGUGUCCAGGAGUGCUUCUCGCGCAGCAACGAAUACCAACUGAACGAUUCCGCUAAAUAUUUCCUGGACGAUUUGGAUCGGUUAGGCGCCAAGGACUACCAGCCAACUGAACAGGAUAUCUUGCGAACUCGCGUCAAGACCACUGGCAUCGUUGAGGUCCACUUCUCCUUCAAAAACCUCAACUUUAAAUUGUUUGACGUGGGCGGCCAGCGUUCGGAGCGCAAGAAAUGGAUACACUGCUUCGAGGAUGUUACUGCGAUCAUUUUCUGCGUGGCCAUGUCUGAGUACGAUCAGGUCUUGCAUGAGGAUGAAACCACGAACCGCAUGCAAGAGUCGCUGAAACUAUUUGACUCGAUCUGUAACAACAAAUGGUUCACGGACACCUCGAUCAUCCUGUUCCUGAACAAGAAGGAUCUGUUCGAGGAGAAGAUUCGCAAGAGUCCCCUGACAAUUUGCUUCCCCGAGUACACAGGUGGACAGGAGUACGGCGAGGCGGCUGCUUAUAUUCAGGCUCAAUUUGAAGCGAAAAACAAAUCAACCUCAAAAGAAAUCUACUGCCACAUGACGUGUGCCACAGAUACCAACAACAUUCAGUUUGUAUUCGAUGCUGUCACCGAUGUCAUCAUAGCAAACAACCUGCGCGGCUGUGGACUGUACUAAGGAGGAUUCCGGAGCCGGAUCCCGAUAUGAUGAAGAUAACGACGAUGACGAUGAUGUGGAGCAGAAUGGGGGCGUUAGCAGGGAACACCGUAACGGUAUUAAAGAGCAGCGCGGGAGCACAACAACCCACCAGCAUUGAUCAAAAACCAAACAAUUUAAGAGCAGAUGAUAAAACCAACCAACCGCAACCACACAGAAAACAUAGGACACUGAACACUGAACAAGCAAAGCCCAAAGAACUUUUAUUUGUUUAACAAAAAACGACGGACAGCGGACGGACAAACGGACUAACGGACGGACGAAAGUCCCGGAUGGAUGAUGUAUGGGGAAUAGGCGACGCGUACAUUACAUAAUAUCGAUAAUAUUGAUGCAGAUACACACAAUGCUAAUGAUGAUCAGGGCGACCAUGAUAAUGAGGCAGUAGGCAGCACGCGAGAGAAGUCACGUUUGAAAAAGGCAGUUGAUUGAAAGGCAUUUCCUAUAUACAUACAUAUACAAACACAUACAUAUGCAUUAUGCAAAGCCACAUGUACGACAUGACACUAACACACUCACACGACAUAGACAAGCGCCAGCAUUGCAUAUAGUUGUUGUUUGGUCUGAAUAAUUUUUAUAGAAUUUCAUAAUUUAUGUGUAGUUUAGUUUCCUCAUGUAUUUAUUAAACAAAAACCAAACGAGCGUAUAUCUACAUAUACCGCAUAUAUAUAUACAUACACUUCUAUACAUAUAUAUAUAUAUAUAUAAAUAUUAUAUAUUAAAUGUUUCCUGUUGCAAUCUCUCUUUGAAAUUAUUCAUGCCAUCAACGCUCUGCAUUUGUCAUGCUUGUUUAGACUUAAGUUCGAAAGUUUCGACAAAAUCCAGCGGCAAAGGAAAUAAUAAUAUGUAUUAAUUUGAUAGCGUGUCAGCGUGUGGGCUAAAGUAAAUAUUAUAUAACAAACCAAAAAACCAAAACAAACGAGGAAAAGAAAACACAAAAUAUGGAAGGCAAAUCUUUAACGUUUAAGUCUAAUUUAAAGAUAAAUGAAACAAAAACGGAUAUAAAACUCUAUCUAUUGUAUUUACAAGAACAAAAACGAAGCAAAACUAAACUAAAACUAAAAUCCAGAUAAGAGUCAAGUAAAGCAAAGCAUAUGUGGCCACUUACUAACUUAUGUAAAGAGCAGCAGUAGCAGCAGCCAUCAAUGAUUGAUUGAUUGAUACAUUUCAAUGUAAAUUGUAAUUUGUUGAAUUUACGUGUAUAGAAGAAGUUUAGCUGGCAACACACAAACAGAAACACAAACACACACAAACUGGACACAAAGUAACUAUUAUUUACUUCACUUAACGAGCUGAUUUGUUGUAAUUUACAAUGAUUUGUGGCAUUUAUACGAGGAACAAGGCAAAUCAGCGAAGAUCAAAACAGAAUUCAACUUUGGCGGCGCACAAAAGCAUGCUAUAUAUUUUUGCCAUAUCUACGCACAGACCCACACACAAAAAAUAUGAAUCAAAAUGAAUGGAACGCAGAACUCAAAUCUCCCACAAUGAAACUAAGGAUUGUAUGUAAUAAUAUAAUAAUUUAUAAAUUCUACUUUUAAUGAUAAACAUCUUCAUACAUGUACCUAUAUGUAUGUGACUGUAUCUAGCGAAUGGCAUUUAACCCCGAGUAUGUUGAAAUGUUUGAUUAGACUUAUUAUUAUAAUUAUUAUGUAUAUGCUUUGUAUGUAUGUAUUUUGUGCAUUUUGAUUUUACACAACGAUUUAGCUGCAAUGAAUUUAUAUUGUUAUUUUUAUAGUAUUUCUUUUGUAUCUGCCCAGCCUUCUCCUCUUCCUAGUCCUCCUCCUCUACGGAAAUCUCCUCAUUUGUGCUCUUGCUCUAGUUGGACGGAAAUCCAUUUAUGUUUUAUAGUUUUUAAGCCUAAUUUAUGUAAACGCACACAAACACACACAACUUAAACAUCAACUAAGUAAGUUUAUUAGCGAAAUAAAUAUUAUUUGACAUUCAACAAAAAGUAAGGACAAUUUGCAAGAUGCUUUACGAAAUCGUUUCGAUUUUUUUGGCUACCCCAGCAGAUCCAGUGAAACUUUUCAAAAGUUGUGUUGGCCACUAAAUCCGUACAAUUCCUAGAUUUUAAACACCGAUCAGCGAACAUUCACUUCUAAGCAUUUACUUAGGUCAGCCAACACUUUCCCAUUUCCAUGACCCCUCCACCCAACCCCCUCUACUAUAUCCUUGCCCAACCAAAUACUGUAAUAUUUAAUACGUAUGUAUUUUCCAUUCAACUUGUAAAAUUCUACCAAAAAGAUAAAAAAAAACAAAAACGCAAAAACCAUUUUCAAAUAAAACUAUUUAUUCAAAAACAAAAACCAACAGCCAUUUUGUUAUUUUGUUAUCGUUUCAUGAUUUUCUUACAGCCAGCGAAAUGUAUUGCAUGAAAUAGAUUACGUUGUUGCUGCUGGCUUCGAGUUGGGGUAACAAACAGCAGAUGAUCAGAUAUAUUGUCACUUGACCAGCAAUGCAGAAGAUCAAGAACAAAGAGUUCAAUAAUUGUAUGUAACUAUAAAUAAAUACCAAAUCGAUAUAUUUAUUGACAAUUUAAUUAAGCCACAAACAAGAAAGUUAUUCAUUUACCUUCGAGACAAAGUAAACAAGGUCGGUCUAUAUAUACAUAUAAAUUUAAACAAAUAUAUUUAGUAAAGGGAGAUCAACAAAUUGCUACAAACAACCAUACAUAUGUACUAUAUUUUUCUCGUAAAUAAUUAUUACUCGAAAUACUCAUACGGUAGCGACUAUAAUUUACCUCCUCAGCGUCGCUCGACUUUUGAAUCAACCGAGAUCGCAAAACUAAAUAAAUAAAGCAACCAGCAUUCAAGUAAUAGCAACAUUCGUUCAUAUAGUACAUCAUAGUGUUAACCGCAGUAUAUCGACUAAACUUUUUGCAUAUUUUCAAUACUAAACGGAAUAGAGUCGAACGGAAAAGGAAUCAAACAUAAUUCAUAUUUUUCUAAAGCUCAUACACCUCUUUGCUCCACACACACCCGCAUAAGUCAUGAAAACGCAAGUCGCACCACUACUAAAAUUACUUUAAUAGCAGUUAAAACAUUUAUAAGUGAAAUCCAUAAAGAGCUAAAAAAAUACAAAGUUAAUGUUAAUUAACUCGAAUCAAAUGUCAGAGGACAUUCAGACACACGAUUUUUUCUAAGUGGCGAAAACAAAUCUUUGGGAUUUUAAAAGGAACUGGAGGAAAGUAAAGGUGGCACGUGGAAUCAAGAUUAUAGGUUAGACAAAGUUUAGACAUUGUAUCUAAUCUAAUUUGUAGCCUAAUUCAAAAUGCUUUGGUUGUCCCAUGCAGCAGAUCAGAUUUGUUUAACUUGUAUAUGGCAAAACUAUUUAUAUACUUAUAAUAACGUAUGUGGAAAUAUAAUUCUCCUCAAUUCUUGAGCUCCUUUUCUCUCUCUAAUGACCACGUGGAUAAUGUGUAGCUAAUGGCCCAUGGAACAGUUUUAAAACGAGAUUAAAUCGAGCCACAGAAUCUAACUGAGCUCGAAAAUGAUGAAUGAAUUUGAAUCGUUGAAUUAAAAAUUUAAAAUAAUAUAUAAAACAUAAAAGUAAUGAUAUAAAACUGAAAUAACAAAACCAAAAUGUUUGUAUGUAAAAGAAACUCAAAACGUUAGAGAUCAUCUACAAUUUAAAUAAAUAUAAAUAAAUCCAA